UCUCCAAAAUAAACAGACGGCUAUUGAGAUUGAUGGCAUUCAUACCGAAAUUUUGCUUACUGGUUUCUCUGACAAGAUCUUUAUUGUGAUUACUCAGUAUGGCAAGAUUGAUUCAAACGACAUUAGAUAUUGCUCCUAAUUUAGCAAAUAAUCCUUCCUCUGUACCUACUACAAGCCAGUUUUUGUUAGGCGAAUCAACAGGAGAACAGAGCGAAUUAUACAUUCUAUAUUCAACUUCUAUCCUACAAGCCAUAGGCGCCAUGAACCCACAUGAAAAACGACCUCUGUUAUUAGGAAUUGCAUUAAAACCCUUAGAGCACAUGAAGGAAAGAAAAAAAGCAUUUCAUCAGAUCAUAGACCAAGUCAUGGCUCAUGCUGUAUGGUAACAUUUU